AUGCCACUGUCGAUAGCGUCCCAGUUGAAAAACCCAAACCUCAUUCAAACCAAGCCCUUCAUAAAUGGCGAAUUUGUAGACUCCACGUCCAAAAAGACUUUCCAAGUCAUCAACCCUGCCACGGAGCAAGUCAUUGCUGAAUUGCCCGAGCAAACACCCGAGGAGAUCGACGAGGCAAUCAAGAUCACGCACGAGGCAUUCAAGACUUUCAGAAAAACAAACCCUUAUGACCGCUCCAAGAUGUUGCGCAGGUUGUACGAAUUGAUGAUUGAAAACUUGGACGAUUUGGCCACCAUCAUCACUUUGGAAAAUGGCAAAUGCUUAACUGACGCCAAGGGGGAGAUUAGAUACGGUGCUAGUUAUUUUGAAUGGUUCAGCGAGGAGGCGAAAAGAGUAUACGGAGACACCAUCCAGCCAUCGAACCCAAACAACAAGAUCAUCACUUACAAGCAGCCAGUGGGGCCCGUGGGGCUCUUGUGCCCGUUCAAUUUCCCCAGUGCCAUGGGAGCUCGAAAAGCCGCGCCAGCGUGGGCAGUGGGGUGCACGUGUAUCUUGAAACCCGACGGCCAGACCCCGCUCAGUUCUUUGGCCCUUGCGUAUUUGGCCAAGGAGGCUGGUUUCCCACCGGGUGUCUUCAAUGUCGUGUUGGCUUCGGUUGAGUCGACGCCGAUGGUGGGCACAAAAGUGUGCGAGUCGCCCUUGAUCAAGAAGGUAAGUUUCACGGGAAGCACCGCCGUCGGUAAGCUCUUGAUGAAGCAGAGCUCGCUGACGUUGAAGAAGUUGUCGAUGGAGUUGGGGGGUAAUGCCCCUGUUGUCGUUUUCGACGAUGCCGAUUUCGAUUUGGCCGUCGACCAGGCCAUCGCGUCCAAAUUUAGAUCGUUGGGCCAAACGUGUGUUUGCGCCAAUAGAUUGUACGUGCAAAGUGGCAUCUACGAUAAGUUCUGUCAAGCGUUUGCCGAAAAGGUCAAGACCUUCAAGAUCGGCAACGGAAUGGAGGAAGGCGUUACUCACGGGUGUUUGCUUAAUACCAGAGCCAUUGAAAAAGUCGAGGACCACGUCAAGAAUGCUGUUGACAAAGGCGCACAGGUUUUGGUGGAAGGCGGAAGGUUGCCUGAACUAGGCAAGAACUUUUACGCGCCCACUGUUUUAUACAACUUGCCCAAGGACGCAAAAGUGUUCCACGAGGAGACGUUUGGACCUUUGGCUGCCAUCGCCAAAUUUUCCACCAAGGAAGAAGUGUUGGAAUUGUGCAACGAUACUCACUUCGGCUUGGCCUCUUACAUCUUUAGUCAGAAUAUAAACACCAUUUGGUACAUGUCCGAGUACUUGGAGUCGGGUAUGGUCAGCGUCAACACGGGAAUUUUCACCGAUGCCGCGUUGCCCUUUGGCGGGAUUAAAGAGUCCGGUUUUGGCAGAGAGGGCUCGCUUUACGGCAUAGACGAUUACACUGUGGUCAAGUCCAUUAAUUUAGGCAAUGUAUACAGAUGA